UAACUUCCACAAUCACUUCAAUCCGAGUAAAUACGCACAUCCCUAUUUCUUCGUCCACGCCACAGACCUCAAACCUGUUGUGAGAAGCAGGGUCAAUUGAUUAGAAGUCAGCAACAAUGGGGGAAUAUUUUCCGUCCGGCGGCAGUUUGGAAGGCCACCUCCUCCUCAUCAUAACGCCCACGCCCCCACCUUCCGAAUAUGUCGAAAGGUUAGAGGUGAACCAUCCGGGUCUCAAGGUGGUGCAUCAACCGCAGGACCCGUGGAAAGACCUGUCGGUUGCAGAGGACGUGGACUGGAAAAAGGUGACGAUUCUGCUGACAGGCAGAGUCUUGCCUACCAUCAAGCAAGCGCCCAGGCUGCAAUACGUCCAACUCCAGAGUGCGGGGGCCAACAUGAUCCUCGAUCUCCCAAUUUUCAAGGAUACCGACAUUGUUUUCUGUUCGGCUAGUGGCGUUCAUGGGCCGCAGAUAAGUGAAUGGGUCAUUUGCACGUUUCUUGCCGCCCAACAUCAUAUUCCGCGGUAUCUGGAACAGCAGAAGGACGGUCUGUGGAAGCGGGAUAACUUCGAACAGGUUCAAGACUCAGUUGGUCUACGAGUGGGCAUUCUUGGCUACGGCAGCAUUGGUAGACAAGUCGCACGCGUGGCUAAGGCGAUGGGGAUGGAUGUAGUAGCCUACACGAACCGGCCUCGCCCUACUCCCGAGUCGCGCCAAGAUCAUAGCUAUGUCGUGCCCGGUAUGGGCGAUCCAGAGGGGCUGCUUCCGUCCAAGUGGUAUUCUGGAACCGACCAGGCCUCUAGAACGGAGUUCUUGACUUCUGGUUUAGAUCUCUUGGUCUUGGCCGUUCCUUUAACCAAAUACACUAAAGACCUGAUAUCUGGGCCUCAGCUGAAGCUCCUUUCCGAGAAGAAGACCUUCAUCUCCAACAUUGGUCGAGGCCCCGUGCUCAAUACCGACGCGUUGAUAGAAGCCCUGGAAAAUGGCUGGAUUCGGGGUGCCGCGUUAGACGUCACAGACCCCGAACCUCUCCCACAGGAUCACCCUUUGUGGCAUACCAAGAAUGUCAUCAUUACACCACAUGUGAGCGGGAGUUCAAUCAGCUACACGCAGCGGGUUCUUGCGAUUCUUGAGUUGAAUGUGAACAAGCUGAGCGAGGGGAAGGAUCUACUCAAUGAGGUCGACAAGAAGCUAGGCUACUAGGAGAGAGCUACUAGCUGCAGCAAACUAGCUGGAUGCAUGUUAAUGUUUUUAAGCGAUUCAAAGGCAAACAUGGCGAGAUGAAAAGGCUACGGUAGUGUUUUAGGACUAGUCAUUUGGUACAAAUGAUAGUUUGUUACAGGAGGUUUUGGACAAGGCCUCCUGGACCAUUCAAUUGCAGGUGAUAAAA